AUGUCUUUGAGCACACCGUUGGAUCUUUUGAAGCUCAAUUUAGAUGAGAGAGUGUAUGUGAAGCUGCGUGGUGCCCGUGCUAUGGAGGGUGUGCUGCAGGCGUUUGACUCGCAUUGCAAUAUUGUGCUGAGCGAUGCAGUAGAGACCAUAUAUGAGCUAGUGGACGGUGAAUUGAAGAGUCAAGAGCGGGCCUCUGAGAUGAUAUUUGUAAGAGGUGAUUCUGUAACUCUAAUAACAGCAGUUUCCGAAGAAGAAUAA